AUUGCCGAGUUACAUUCACGUCUCGCCUCGCGCCCAUCAUCCCGACUCGGUCUGAACUAGCCAGGACGCGGGCCACCUGGACUGCAGUCACUCUACAUUAGCCGAAGCAUAGCUCGCGCCGACUGAGUCACUCGCGCAAGUGUCAACUGCUGUCGCGUCGUCAGAUUUUGAACCUUGCUGGAGAGGGGCCGCAGGGACUUUCAUGCUGCCCUCUGCUGCCUUGAACCGAGGUCGAAAGUUUGUAUGAGUCUCUAACAGGACGCCUUUUGCAGCCAUGCCAUCUGCGGUAGCCACAGCGGCGGGCGAGCUGAGCAAUGCCGUGGCAGACGUCAACAGUCAUGAGCACUAUGAGUCAAACGCAAACGACGUGGGCUUCGUCACUGAUGCUGAGUCGAUCCCCUCGCAUCAGCUGGGGGUCAAACCCUUGGGCAAUCGCUACCUUUCAAAUGCGCCUAAUGCGAGAGCUAGCAUCGGGUUUUGGGCCAUGAUGCCUGACGAGUUGCUCACUGGCAUCCUGGAGCACUUUGGCAAACCAGACCUUGUCAGACUAGGUUCCACGUGCAAAUUUCUCUACGCCUUCUGCCACCUAGAAGAAUUUUGGAAGGCGUUGUUUCUUCAGCUUCCGGCUGAAAUAAGCCAAUCGCUGAGAUGGCGAGGCACUUGGAGGAGAACGCUGAUGAACCUGAGCAAGGAGUCUGAAGCCACCGUCGACUGCAGCAAUGUCUUCUCCGACGUCUUACACCGGCCAUUCGCCUGCUCCAAUAUUAAUUUGAGGCAGUUCAUCCGCAAUAUACCGAAGGCAAAUCAGAUCCGCCGCUUUGACAAUCUUACAUACGACCAGUAUGCCGAGCGAUGGACCGAGCAGCCCUUCGUCCUGACGGAAUGCAUCCAAGAAUGGCCCGUCACUUCUACGUGGACAAUCAAUAGUCUUCUGGCCGAUUACGGCGAAGUCGAGUUUCGAGCCGAGGCAGUGGAUUGGAGUUUCUCAAGGUAUUGCGAUUAUAUGCGGGACAACAUCGACGAGAGCCCACUCUACCUUUUUGAUCGCAAAUUUGCAGAAAAGAUGGGCAUCAAGAUCGGAAACCAUUCAGACGCAGCGUACUGGAAGCCAGAUUGCUUCGGGCCCGAUCUCUUCGAAGUGCUCGGACAGGAGCGUCCAGCCCAUCGUUGGCUAAUUGUCGGGCCGGAGAGGAGUGGUUCGACAUUCCACAAGGACCCCAACGGCACGAGUGCAUGGAACGCGGUUAUCCAAGGGUCCAAGUACUGGAUCAUGUUUCCGCCUGCUGCGCAAGUUCCUGGAGUAUACGUAUCUGAGGACAGCAGCGAAGUCACGAGCCCCCUCAGCAUCGCCGAGUGGCUUCUAACCUUUCAUCAUGAGGCGCGUCAACUGCCCGAGUGUAUCGAAGGCAUAUGCGAGGCUGGAGAGAUCCUCCAUGUUCCAAGCGGCUGGUGGCACCUCGUUGUGAAUCUUGAGAGCGGCAUCGCUCUGACGCAGAAUUUCGUUCCGCAGUCACCGAGCUUAAACCUGCUGUCAGAAGUCCUUUCGUUCCUGAAAGACAAGCCGGACCAGGUCUCCGGGUUUGACAAGGACGUUGCGAACCCUUAUGAGCUUUUCAUCGAAAGGCUCCGCGCGAAAGAUCCUGAGGUGCUGGGGAAAGCAUUGGAAGUGGUGGAUAGGAAGAGUGGCAAGAAGCGAAAGUGGAAUGCGGCCGUGGGCCACGAUGAAGAGGCUCAGGUAACUGGAGGCUUCAGUUUUGGAUUUGGCGGCGAUGACGAAGCCGAGGUGCCUUGAGCGCGCCUAUGUCAUGAAAAUGAAAGACUGCCGGCGGGUUGCACGACUUGCGUGCCGUGAAUGUGUAGACGUCUUGUCGCUAAGCCCCCUCAGAAGUAUACCUGGCUGAGCCAAAACGCACAAACAACCGCGCGCGUCUCAUCGAGGCCGGCAGAGGCCAGCAAAUGAUGCCGUGGGGGGGG